GUAGUGUAGUGGUUAGCACGCAGGAUUUUGAUUCGUACAAAUUUCCUGAGACCUGAGUUCAAUCCUCGGCGGGGCCUUUCAAACACAAAUUAACUUUUUGCAUCAUUCCUCUAAUUUUAUAGCACAUGGUCGGUAAACUUUAAAUUUAAAUGCAUAUUUAUUUCUACGUCAAUAAUUCUUCUAUUUGAGGAAGCAUUUAUUGACAAAAGUUUUGCGGCUUCAUACCUAUCAUAUUUUUAAAUAUUCGAUAGAUAGAGGAUGAUUCUCUACCACCGAUCAACAAGGGUUGAAUUGCUUCUAUUCGAGAGCAAUGCUGUAUAAUAUAGAGAUGCGCUCAAGUUCUACAAUGUCAAAUUCCAAAGCUUACCUAGGUACCAACCGACAUAAAAGGACGGCGUUAGCUCAACCGAGGGGUUCCGAUACGGAAGCUGUAACGGCGGGGCAGCAGGAACUAACUAUGGUGGGGUUGAGCACAUCAUCGCUGCUAUUCGGCACCUUGCCGCACUUACACCGUGGUAUUCUCUUAUAUAGCUAGUCCACAUCAUAAAAGCUCGCACCUUUUUCUAUUCCCCUUGACGUUUCUACUUGAGACUACCUUAUGCCCAUCCUGCGAACAGGUCUCUCUACGCUUCGGCACCUAGGACGCUUCACACUCUCGUCUUCUCCAAGAGCAACUCUCUUACAACCCCUCCAUAACCUCCACAUAAGCCUCGUCAGGAGAAGCGCCAUGUCCUCAGCUGUAGCAAAGCGCCUCGAGGGCAAGACCAUCGUGAUUACUGGUGCGUCGUCGGGAAUUGGACGUAGUACUGCGCUCGAGUUUGCGCGAACCUCGCCCAAAGACCUGAAGCUUGUCGUCACGGCGCGUCGCAUCGAGAAUUUGCGUCAGCUCGCCGACGACAUCGCAAAGGAGGUCGGCUCUGGCGUCCGCGUCUUGCCUGUCAAGCUCGAUGUGAGCAACGCCGAUGAGGUCCGCGGCUUUGUCGCCAGCCUGCCGGAGGAGUUCCGCGAUAUCGACGUACUAGUGAAUAAUGCCGGCCUUGUUAAAGGCGUAGCACGCGCCCCCGAGAUUGCCGAGGAGGAUAUUAACGUCAUGUUCGCGACUAACGUCACGGGCCUGAUCAACCUGACCCAAGCUGUACUACCCAUCUUCCUUAAGCGGCCAGACGGUGGCCAUGGGGAUAUUAUCAAUGUUGGCAGCAUCGCCGGCCGCGAGCCUUACCCAGGCGGCGGCAUUUACUGCGCGACCAAGGCUGCCGUCCGCAGCUUCACCGAUUCCUUGCGCAAGGAGCUUGUCGCUUCGCGCGUCCGUGUCAUCGAGGUCGAUCCCGGCCAAGUCGAGACGGAAUUCUCUCUUGUUCGAUUCUACGGCGACAAGAGCAAGGCUGAUGCUGUAUAUGCUGGAGGUGAACCUCUAACACCUGAUGAUAUUGCCGAGGUUAUCGUAUUUGCUGCUGGCAGGAGGGAAAAUGUCAUAGUAGCGGACACCCUUAUCUUCCCUAACCACCAAGCCAGUCCUUUUGUAAUUCACAAGAAAUCAUAGAAAUUUAGAUAAUCCAGGACUUAUAUUUCAUCUACCAAACUUUACGGGAAGAGAAUGAGGCAACGGCAAGGGCGAACACGCCAUAAUAACAUCUUUGAAUCCAAAUCAUAUGCCUUACCUUAUGGUCUAAAAGAUAAAAACUCUACGAGAUUGACUUCAUCCAUAGCUCAAUUGGGCAACUAUGGGCUUAAUCGUGUUCAAUAUGCAUCUAUUGCUGAGAAAAGUCAGCGGGGACUAUGCACGAUAUUCUAAACCACAACGUAGCUUG